GCGAACCAAGUGCGCGGUCCCAACGCCGCGCACCAUGCGCACCAAAAUCGGCAGGGCACUAGAUAUGCCCUGUAGCGACGUCCUGCCCGUGGCGUUUGCGACCGCGCAGUCCGACCUCGAAAUAACGCUACUUUAGUGCUCGCCCGACCCACCCAAGGGAAGGGUCCCGUGACGCGGUCCGAGUCGCUCAUGCAACGCGUGUCGCGCAUCUCGCUGCGACUGUUUUGCCUACCG